UGUGACAACAUAAAUCAACAAACAAACGCUACGGCAACAUUGGAUUUAAAAUUUUCCCCAAAGAAUUUGACUUGGAGUAAAUAAAAAAACAAAAAUAUACAUUCACAACAACUAAACCAAUUGAGUUUUCAUUUCUGAAGUACAAUCAAGCAGACUUUCAAUUUGUUUUCAAAUUUUAAAACAUUUUUCAAACAAGAUUAUUACUUUGCUUUAGCAUUAACAUUUUUUUGUUUUCAAAAUACAAUUAAAUAUUUAAAACGUUGCUAAUACUAGCAUUUACUAAGAGGAAAAGGGAUUUGAGUCUCAUUGAAGAUAAAACAAAAAACUUUAAAGUUUAUCGGCAGAACUUAACGAGAACUGGAACGACAAAGUCAAACACAUUGUCAUAAGAAAAAUACGAGUUGUUAGUUUUAUUUUUGUUGUGUCAAGUAGCAGAGGUACUGGUGGCACUACUGUUGUCGUUACUCCUGGUGUUGGUGUGAUUUUGUCAUAUUGUGGUGUUGCCUUCAUCACCGUUUUACUAACGAAAGAUUUCUUUGUCAUAUAUAUUUCUGCAUUCCCACGAUAUACUCUCAUUCAUUCAUUCAUUCAUUCAUUCAUUCAUUGUUAAGUAUUAUACCUAUCAUAGUCCACAUAAUUAUUAUCAUCUUCAUCGUCAACAUCAUUAUCAUUGUCAAUACUAGAAGAGAACAUCUAAGUAUCCCGGAAACCAUCAUCAUCAUACCAUGGAAGAUAAUCGUAUUUUAUGGCUUAAGUGCAGCAUCGCAAAUAUGCUGGGUGUAUAUGAACCUGAAUACGUCAAUGCUGCCAUCUAUGAAAAUCUAUAUGAUUUCAAGAGUUUUUUAAAUGACAAAUAUACCAAGAACGAGGAUAUCAAUAAAAUUAUUCUAUACGUUUGGCGUACUUUCUAUGACAAAUUGGUCGAGGAGGAGAUUACCGUAUUGGAAGAGGUUCCACCAGAAUUGCCACCGGAAACUGAAAAGAAAGACAAGAAAAGCAAAAAAGGAAAAGGCAAAGUUAUGACAAAGGAAAAGGACGUUAAGUCUAAUGUUAAAAGCGCUAUUGUAAAAGAACCAAAAGGUGGAAGCCCAUCGUCUAUGGGUAAAAUAAAAUCGUCUGAUGCAGAGCGAAAUUCGACAAAGGAAGCUACAGACACAGGCAUAGAAAGUGCAACUGAAGACGUAGGAGCUGAGAGUGUUAAGAGUUCUGCAGUAUCAGCUAGCGAUGAGGAUGAUGAUGAAAUUGUUUCCAAGAAAAGUGGCAAAGGAAAAGGCAAGCGAAAGAAAAGAAAGACUUUAGUGGCUCCAUCUCCAGUCUAUGUUGAAGUCAAGAAAAUCAUACCAACAUUUGUAAAAACGCCAAUAUUGCAUUGCCACUUUGGGGAGUUAAAAUGUUCACACUUUAACAAUAACAUCAAAUAUGUUUAUGUGAUACGCAAGGAAGUUAGCGGAAUACCAUUCUAUACAGACAUCAACAAAUGUUUUGCGGAAAUGUCACAAUAUUUUAUAUUUGGAACAGUUCGUGGUUCUCUAUUAGACUCCAUGAGAAUAGACAUCGAUAAGAUCUUUAAACAUGCUAUUAAAUUUCAAUUUCGUGAACCCAAGCUAAUCGAAAGCGAACAAUUUGAAAAUUGUGAAACACAUCCACUAAGUAAAUCUCGUAACGCUGCCGAUUCUACAGAAGUUAAAGAAAUGGCUCCUGGUCUCCUCGAACUUUCUAAGCCAUCGGAAUUUCGUAUGAAGGCUCUCAAACAAAAAAAGAAAAUGGAGAAAUUAGCUGCGAGACGAAGAUCUGAAGCACAUAAAAAAGCCUUAGGAAAAUCAAUGAAGAAAGGGCAAUCAGGCAUUAAUACUUCUCAUCGUAAUGGUAGUGGCAAUGGUAGCGAAAAUGGUGACAUUGUUGACGAGGAUGAAAAAGAGGAAAUUAACGCAGAUGAUGCAGCAAAAGACAGUGUUUCUAUGGGCUCCAUAGAUGAAGAUUUAGAUAAACGACCGGAAGUAACACUCACCAUUGGAGAACGGUGGGAAAAGCUUCUUAGGGAAACUCAUGAAAAGGUAAAACGACAUCAUAUAGAAGCUGAAAAUGUUAUGGAAAAACGCCCACCACAUAAGGAAGCCUUUUUCAAUCAAUUGAAAGAUUUCGAACAGGAAAUAGAAUGGACCACGAAUCAUAUUGUUUGGGCAUUUAAUUUGCCAACAUCAUAUGCAGCUCCUGGACAAGAUCAUAUCGAAUUUGAAGAGUCCAAAGUGCGAAUUCCAAUCGACGUAAAGAAAAUUAAUUCGAUACCUACGUACUCGCCAGAGCAAUUAGAAGAUGUGGUCGAUGGCUGGAUAAGAUAUAUGAAAAAAACAAUUAAAACUCUUGAUGAGAAGCCUUUAGAUGAAUUUACACCCAUGGCGGAGUAUCGUUUAUGGCAUUUUCGCGAAAUUGAACUCAACACAUUGCUGGAACAGUUAAAGUCCGGUUUUGUAGUUGCAGUCUUAGAUACACUAACAUCAAAUCAAUCAAAAAUUCUACAACGUUGGUCGGAAACUCUUACCAAAAUUAAUGACAAAUUUCGUUUGGCAAAAGAAAAUGCUGACUAUGUUGGUACUAUCACGGACUAUCUAGAGAAAAUACGCUCCUAUGAAAGCUUUAAAAUGACUACCCUCCUCAUACCGAAUGUUAUGGUGGGUUUACGUCACAUAUGGACCAUGUCAAGUUAUUAUUGCCUUGACGAUAAAAUGCAGGUUUUGCUAUGCCAAAUUUCCAAUGUCUUUACAGAAAAGGUUAAAAAUAUUGUAUGUUUUGAAAAAAUAUUUCGAUAUUCCUCAAAGUUUACGUAUGAAACGGCUACAAAUUGUGCUAAUUUACUAAAAUGUUGGAAAACCGCCUACCUAUUGAGUCGCAAACAUAUCGAAGAAUCUGGAGCAGGAUCUCGAUGGGAAUUUGACCGCAAUGCACUUUUUAAUGAAGUUGAUCAUAUAUGUCGCAUAAGUCGUGAUAUUGCUUCUAUUGGACGAGUCUUUGUACAAUACGAAAAUCUUUUUGGAAAACGCCUUAAGGGAUUGAUAACACAUCCCCCGCUUAUAGAUGAUCUCAUGCGUAAAGUUUAUCGUCUAUUAGACGAUAUGUUAAUAAGUGUUGAUUAUGAUAUUUUUCAACCUGGCAAUUGGGAAAAUUGGGAACAUACCCUGAGUACAUUUAACAAACGCCUAGACACAGUUGAAUCGGAGGCCAAACUAGUCAUCGAAAGAAGCAUAACCAUGUUAAGAUCUUCCGAAUUGGGUUUGUCAUUAAUUCGAGAUGUUAAACACUUAGAUACACGUCAAGCGCUUACUGAAUUUAUUUCAACAAAACACGAAAACAUUCUACGCUUCUUUGUAACGGAAAUCAAUGCGGUGGAAUACGAAUACAUGAACAAUAAAAAAGCUCCACCGAUUGGUAAACAUCAGCCAGCAAAAAUCGGAGCCAUACAAUGGACGCGUUUAUUAAGCGCCAAAUUAAAAAUAUCUGUACUUGCUUUUAAACGCAUGGAAAAUGAACCAAAUCUUAAGAAUAGCUAUCUCAAGCGCAGUGCGUUCAAAUCCUACUUUGAACUGGUUAAUAAAAUGUAUACUUAUGAAAAUAGCCUAUUCGAAAAAUACUGUUCGCAAGCAACGUACAUGGUCAAUGUGGUGAUGAGAAAAAACAUCUUAACUAUACAAAUUUGCAACAAGGAUACACUGUCUUAUAUAUCAAAUGCUCUGGACACAAUUAAAUUGAAAAGGAUUAAAUCUGUGGAUUUGAACGUAAACGCAACAACAAAUGAACAAUAUGCUCAUGCAGCUCCGACCGGUUUUAUACGAAAAAUAACCAAGUUUACCGUCAUUGCAACAAUGAUUCAAUGGUUUGUUGGUCGUAAAACAUCUGCUGAUGCACACAUUCUGAAGGCAAUACAAUUUCUAAAACUGAUGAAGUCAGGGAAAGUUAGGCCAAGUGAAAAGGAUAAAUUUUGUAUUAAACAAUGUGAAUUGUUAGUGAAGGCAUCUACUCAAGAAGGUUUGCCGACAUGGCGUACUCUAGUGGGCGAACGUAUAUUAAUUGAAUUUGAAAUGCAAUUUACUGUCAACUUGACAAGAGAUAUUUUUGAGGUCAUGUUUGAAGGACAGCAAUUUGAACAUUUUGGAUUCCAAUUACCUUCAGUAUUGCGAACUGCAAUUAUGAAAAAGGAAAUGCUAUUUAACGACUUUGAAGCCGUUUCUACAGUCAUUAACAACUACAAUGCCUUGCUUAGUAAGCUUUCGUUAUCCGAGGUGAACUUUUUGCGAGAUCAUCUCUAUGAAAUCGAGGUAGCUGUACAGGUUGGAGUUGGUCGAUACGCAUGGCAAUCUUUUAACAUUAGGAAAUAUUGUUCCGGUGUAAACACCCUGAUGCGUAAACUUCAGUCACUUGUUUCUCAAAUCAACUACAUACGUGAUGAUAUACGCCAUCGUAUUGAGCAAAUUAAAACAUUUAAUAUAUUUUUAAUCGAUGACAUCGACAGUUCAACUGAAGCCACCAUACAAUUUGAAGAUACUGGAUCGUCGGGCGUAAUUUGCGAAGAGGCUGAUCAGUCGGGAAAGGAGUCUAGGGUGGAGAUAAUACGUAUAAAAGAGUCUACGGAAUCCCUACUGAGCAGUAAGAGGGAAUGUGGGAUAGCUACUUAUCAUUGUCAAGGAUAUAUGGAACGUUUAGAACAGUCUAGAACUGAAAAAUGUUCUCGUAUGAAAAAAAUCUAUGAUUCCUUAGGCCCAGUUCUAAUUAAGCUAGAAAGUCUCGUCUUGGGUACUUUUACGGGUCGUUCGGAGAAAAUGAGAAAUUACUAUGUCUUUUGGGAAGAGGAGACGUACAAGUGUAUUUUGGAUUUUACAUACAAAAAUCUGGAAUGUUUCUUGGAUCGCUUGACUGGAAAAGAGCCCAUGUUUGAAAUUAAUGCGGUAUUAGUUUUAUCAGAAAUCAUGUUGGAACCAACAUCAAAUGAAAUUAAGAACAUGAUAGUACAGGCUGCUAAAGAUUUCCUAGAAAGAUUAAAAAUGUUUACGCGUUGGAUGGACGGCACCUGUUUGGCCUGCGCCCCUGUAGAACAUAUCAGAGGCCAAAAGUAUACAUUUACAUUUUACGAGGAUGUAAUAAAGAUAAAAAAUAUUGGUGGGCUUCUAGUCAAAGUACAAGAACUAGCAAAUCGAGUAGUCGAAGAUGCUAAAAAAUGUGUUAAAAAAUUUAGAAAAUAUUACAAUCUGUGGGCAUUCGAUAAGGAAACAAUUUGUGAAAAAUAUGUGAAUCGUGGUGUGCCACUUGUGCAGCUUGACGAGAAAUUUACAUUUUAUGCAAAUAUCAUGGACGAGUUGCAACACUUGCCAAAACACUAUGACGUCCAAUGUAUACGCAUAAAUUUAAUACCAUUGCUGGACACUAUUUGCCAACAUGCUCAGCAAUGGCGUACAAAGUUGGGUGAAAAGUUGGCAGAGAGAACUAUUGCCAACAUGGAUAAAAUGCGAUUUGAAAUCAAAGUUCUUAGUGAAAAUCUAAACAAAGCCACAAAGGAACUAUGUGAUUUUAAAUUGGUCAUGCAAACUAUUGCAACGAUUCAAUCGACAACACUCACCCGCGAAAUUACUAUUCGAGAAAUACAGGAGACAUAUACAGUGCUAAGUGAACAUAACAUUAACGUAAGUAUGAACAAGAACUCGUGAAAAACUGCAAUAAUGCAGUUUUUUCAUGAAAUAUAUAAACGAUGGAUGCGUUUAUAUCGUUCAUCACUAUACCGUUUGGAUAAGUUGCAACCGAUUAAACAGAAAUUUGCCGAUAUGACAUCAGUAGAAAUAUCUGGUUUUUGGAAAGAGCUUCAAGAAUUUAUUAUGGACUUUGAAAAAGAUGGACCAGGGUCAGUGGCUGGCGAUUUAGAUCGAGGUUCAAAGCUGAUGGAGUUUUAUGGUCAGAAGAUAAAUGAAUUUGAUGCAAGACGACAAGAACUGGCCAACGCUGAGAAACUUUUUGAUAUGCCCAUGCAAGAUUACAAUGAAUUUUCACGUAUUAAAGAUGACUACGAAGGCAUGCAAAUUGUUUACAAAUUAUACAAAAGCCAAAAAGCAGCUCGUGAAGGAUGGUCGAAAACUUUGUGGGCCGAUUUGGAUCCUUCCGUAUUGACUGAGGGUGUAGAGAGCUUCUUGAAAGAAUUUCGUAAACUAUCCAAACAGGUGCGACAAUUAACAGUUGGACAGAUGUUGGAGUUACAAAUGAAACAAUUCAAAGGCACGGUACCACUUAUGGUGAGCUUAAAGAACGAAGCACUGCGAGAACGUCACUGGUUGCAGUUAAUGGAUAAAACGGGACAGUAUUUUGAUAUGACACCAGAACGUUUUACCCUCGAAAAUAUGUUUGCAAUGCAGUUGCACAAAUAUCAGGAGAUUGCAGAGCAAAUCCUAAAUAAUGCCAUCAAAGAAUUGGCCAUCGAAAAGGGCGUAAAGGCAGUCGAGGACACUUGGGCAAUAAUGAACUUUAAAGUGCACAAACAUUACAAAGGUAUCGAAGAGCGGGGUUAUACAUUGGGUGCGGUAGAUGAUAUAAUUCAGGUGCUUGAUGAUAAUUCAAUGAAUCUACAAUCGAUGGGUGCCUCACAAUUUAUUGGUCCCUUCUUAGAGACAGUGAAUCGUUGGGAACGCAACCUAGCUCUUAUAUCGGAAAUUAUUGAUGAGUGGCUUGUUGUACAACGCAAAUGGCUUUAUCUGGAAGGCAUUUUUAUAGGUGGUGAUAUACGUUCUCAAUUACCAGACGAAGCUAAAAAAUUCGAUGACAUUGAUAAGGCAUAUCGCAGGAUAAUGUUGGAUUGUGCCAAAAAUCCGUUGGUGGUAAUAUUUUGCACCGUACCCGGUAGGUUGCCAGAGAUACAGGGGUUAAGUAUAGGCUUGGAAAAUUGUCAAAAAUCAUUAAAUGAAUAUUUGGAAUCCAAACGACGUAUAUUCCCGAGAUUUUAUUUCAUAUCUACUGACGAAUUACUUUCCAUUUUGGGCAGCUCAGAGCCAACAGCCGUACAAAAUCAUAUAAUCAAGAUGUACGAUAAUGUCAAAUCGCUGCGUAUAAUCAAGGAAAGCGUCAACAUAUAUACUGUCAAUGCUAUGAUUUCCAGUGAAGGAGAAGUUUUGGACUUUCGACGAAAUAUUCGAAUCCAGGGCCGUGUAGAAAAUUGGAUGAAUGAUGUAUUAGAUGAAAUGCGCCGUUCGAAUCGUUAUUUGUCUAAAAAAGCUAUUUACGAUUACGGAACAGACCUCGAAGUAUCAAGACCUGAUUGGCUGAUGAAAUAUCAAAGCAUGGUUGGAUUGGUGGCUAGUCAGGUGUGGUGGACAGCAGAAGUAGAAGAAGUAUUUAAUCAAGCUAAAAACUUUGGGAACCUAAGAGCCAUGAAAGACUUUUUGAACAAACAAAAUUACCAAAUGGACGAACUAGUACUAAAAGUGCGAUCAGAUCUUAGCUCUAAUGAUCGAAAAAAAUUCAAAACUAUUGCCACUAUAGAUGUUCAUGCCAGAGAUAUUAUUGAGGCCUUUGUUAGAGAUAAUGUUCUAGAUGUAGGCGAAUUUAGUUGGGAGAGCCAACUGAGGUUCUAUUGGUUAAAACUUUAUGACAAUUUAUUUGUAAUUCAAUGCUCUGGGCGAUUCGAUUAUGGCUAUGAAUACUUGGGCUUGAAUUCCCGCCUGGUUAUUACACCCCUCACGGAUCGUAUUUACUUGACCAUAACCCAGGCUUUACUUAUGAAUUUGGGCGGCGCUCCAGCUGGUCCAGCUGGUACUGGUAAAACUGAAACAACUAAAGAUUUAGCCAAAGCUUUGGCUCUUCUGUGUGUAGUAACAAACUGUGGUGAAGGAAUGGACUUCCAUGCAGUAGGUACAAUUUUAUCCGGACUUGCGCAAUGUGGAGCAUGGGGCUGUUUUGAUGAGUUCAAUCGCAUUGACAUUUCAGUAUUGAGUGUAAUUUCUACACAACUUCAGACCAUUCGUAAUGCUUUAAUACGAAAAUUACAAAGAUUUGUUUUUGAAGGUUGUGAAAUCAAAAUUGACCGCAAAGUUGGAAUAUUUGUAACAAUGAACCCUGGAUAUGCGGGUCGUACAGAAUUACCCGAGUCAGUUAAAGCUCUUUUCAGACCAGUAACCUGUAUAAAGCCAGAUUUGGAAUUAAUUUGUUUAAUAUCGUUGUUUUCUGAUGGAUUCCUAACGGCCAAGAUUUUGGCAAAGAAGAUGACUGUUUUAUAUGCUCUCGCCCAGGAACAGUUAUCUAAACAGUGUCAUUACGACUGGGGUUUACGCUCUUUAAAUUCGGUUUUGCGCAUGGCUGGUGUAAUGAAGCGUCAAUCCAACGAUUUGCCUGAGGCUGUCGUAUUAAUGCGAGUUCUGCGAGACAUGAAUUUUCCAAAAUUUGUUUUUGAGGAUGUACCAUUAUUCUUAGGACUUAUUAAGGAUUUAUUUCCUGGUAUCGAUUGUCCUCGAGUUGGUUAUCCAGAUUUUAAUGCAGCAGUACGCCAUUGUCUCGUGAACGAUGGAUUCAUUUUGUUGGCAGAUCAGGAAGACAAAGUGGUACAAAUGUAUGAAACAAUGAUGACCCGACAUUCCACUAUGAUUGUUGGACCAACAGGUGGUGGCAAGACAGUUGUCAUAAAUACACUAAUUAAGGCCCAAACCUUUAUGGGUCUACCAACAAAAUGCAUUACACUUAACCCAAAGGCAUGUUCUGUCAUUGAAUUGUAUGGUUUCCUUGAUCCAAAUACGCGCGAUUGGGUUGACGGUUUAUUCUCAAACAUUUUUCGAGAAAUGAAUAGACCACUUGAACGUGAUGAACGCCGCUAUGUCUGUUUUGAUGGAGAUGUUGAUGCGCUUUGGAUUGAAAACAUGAACUCAGUUAUGGAUGAUAAUAAGCUGUUAACAUUAGCAAAUGGUGAACGUAUUAGAUUGGAAAAUUACUGUGCUCUCUUGUUUGAAGUUGGCAACUUACAAUAUGCAUCGCCUGCUACAGUUUCUAGAGCCGGAAUGGUGUUUGUAGAUCCCAAAAAUUUACGAUACAGCCCUUACUGGCAACGGUGGAUAUUAACAAGACCGGAAUCGCAGAGAGAAUUGUUACAAGACAUGUUUGAAAAGCUGAUAUUACAGGCGAUUGCAUUUAUACAUGAAGGAUUAGAUGGUACAUCCCAAGGAAAUCCACUUAAGACUGUUAUUAUGCAAACCGAACUUAAUAUGAUUGUGCAAUUCUGCAAUAUGUAUGAUGCUCUAUUGCCAUCCUUUGAAAAACUAGAUGAUUUUUCAUUUGGGGCGCCACCUCCUGUCCAAUACGAUACUGAUACACUUGAAUGUUGCUUUAUACAAUGCAUUUACUCAUCACUGGGUGCCUGUUUGGUUGAGCAUGAUCAAAUAAUAUUUGAUGAGUUCAUAAAACGUAUUUCGGGGUUUCCUUGUGUACAAGAUGCUAAAGAUAAACCAGCAUCUGGAGGUCAAUUACCAACAUGUAAACCUACACUUUACGAAUAUUUUUAUAACCGUGAAACUUCAUGUUGGAUGGCUUGGGAAUGGGUUGUACCCCGAUAUGUCCAUGACCCAAAUACGAAAUUUAGCGAAAUUUUAGUGCCAACGGUGGACAGUACACGAACUAUAAGCAUUUUAAAUCUUAAUAGUUAUAUUAAACGGCCUGUAUUAUUGGUGGGUGAAGCUGGAACAUCGAAAACUGCAAUCAUAUCUCAAUAUCUUAGAAAUCUCAACAAAGACGUCAAUAUUAUUUUGAAUAUUAAUUUUUCAUCAAGAACCUCAUCAAUGGAUAUCCAACGUACCCUGGAGGCUGCUGUUGAAAAACGUACAAAAGACACAUUUGGUCCCCCAAUGGGAAAGAAAAUUGCUUGUUUCAUUGAUGAUAUGAAUAUGCCACAAGUUGACGAUUAUGGAACCCAACAGCCAAUAGCAUUGUUAAAACUACUCUUUGAAUGCGGUGGAAUGUACGAUCGUGACAAGGACUUAAAUUGGAAGAAGUUCAAAGAUUUAACAUUCUACGGGGCCAUGGGUUGUGCCGGUGGUGGACGUAAUGAUGUUGAUCCUCGAUUCAUAUCAAUGUUUUCCGUUUACAAUAUUGUUUUUCCUAAUGAUGAAUCAUUACUUCAAAUUUACGUAUCAAUUUUUAAAGGUCAUCUCCAACAUGGUGGAACAUUCAAUCCAAAACUAAUACCCAUUGCUGAUAUAAUCGUCCAGAUGACACUGCGAUUGUUUAAGAUUGUAAUUGUUGAAUUACCACCUACUCCAUCGAAGUUCCACUAUAUAUUUAAUUUGAAAGAUUUGUCCCGAAUUUUUGCUGGUAUGCUGCUUAUUCACUCUAAUUAUUUUAAAACUCUACGUGACUUGGUACGUGUAUGGCGUAAUGAGUUUACUCGAAUUAUUUGUGACCGCCUGACAUCGGAGAAGGAUUUGGAAUUAAUGAGACGCCAGGUGGAGAAUGAGAUAAGAGAAACUUUCAGUCCUGAUUUUGAGGUGGAAAAUGGAUUUGUUGAUCCAAAAGCGCAAGCAGAAGAGGCUGCCAAUCUAGAACAAUAUGGAGCUGUUGAUUUUGAACAAGAUGAAAAAACUAUUGUAACAUUGACAGAUCAUGUAAUGAGGGAUCCUUGUUUAUUUGGUGAUUUUAGAAAUGCCGCAAACGAGUCCGAACCCAGAUUUUAUGAAGAUCUUCUAGAUUAUGAAGCCGUUUAUCAUUUGUUUAAUGAGAUUCUUGAAGAGUAUCAAGAACGUAAAGGUAAAAUGGCACUAGUACUUUUUGAAGAUUGUUUAGAGCAUUUGACUAGAGUACAUCGAACAUUAAGGAUGCAUCGAGGACAUGUUCUGCUUCUGGGUGUUGGUGGUAGUGGCAAGAAAUGUAUAACUAGACUUUCGGCGUUUACCGCUGAAUGUGAAGUUUAUGAAAUAACUGUUACCAAAGGCUAUAAUGAACAAUCUUUUCGCGAUGAUCUUAAAGUACUCUACAUCAUGGCAGGAGUAGAACGUAAAAAAACCGUAUUUCUAUUUACGGCUGCACAAGUUGUUGAGGAAGGCUUUUUAGAGUUAAUUAAUAAUGUUCUGACAGUUGGUCUGAUACCAGCUCUUUUUAAUGAUGAAGAAAAGGAUGCUAUCGUCAGUGGAUGUCGUAUUGCAGCAGAAGAAAGUGGAUAUUUAGCAUCGAAGGAAUCAGUGUGGUCUUAUUUCUUAGCAACAUGUGCUCAGAAUAUGCAUGUUGUAAUGUGUAUGUCACCUGCUGGUGAUGCACUGCGAAGUCGAUGUCGCAAUUUCCCUGGACUAAUUGGGAGUACGUAUAUUGACUGGGUAUUCCCGUGGCCGGCACAGGCUUUAUCUGCUGUAGCAAAGUUAUUUCUUACCGAACACGCUUUGAUUCCUUCUAUUCAUCGUGGAAGCAUAAUAAAACACGUUGUUUAUGUACACAGUACAAUGCACCACUAUUCCAAAGACUAUUUACAGAAAUUAAGACGUAAUAAUUACGUUACUCCUAAGCACUAUUUGGAUUAUAUCAAUACAUACUUGAAACUUUUAGAGGAGAAAAAUACGUUCAUUUCGUCACAGCGAGAUCGUCUAAAGGAAGGCAUUCAAAAAAUCGACGAAGCUUCAAAGCAAAUUGACGAGCUACGAAUUAUAGUGACCGAACAAAAGCAUAACGUGGCAAGAGCUUCGGAAGAAUGUGAACAAAUGCUGGUAGAAAUUGAGGAUGCUACGACGAAAGCUAAUAUUAAAAAGACAGAAGCUUCUGAAAAGUCUGUAGAAGUCGAAAUAAAGGGAAAACAAAUUGCAGUCGAAAAAGAGGAAGCAGAGAUAGUUUUAGCUGAUGCUCUUCCGGCUUUAGAAGAAGCUCGCAGAGCUCUUUCUGAACUAGAUAAAGCACAAAUUACUGAAAUUAGAUCUUUUGCUACACCGCCGCCUCAAGUGCAAGUUGUAUGUGAGUGUGUUGUCAUAUUAAAGGGCAUCAAAGAAAUCAACUGGAAAUCUGCGAAGGGAAUGAUGUCUGAUGUCAGUUUUCUUAAAAGUUUGAUGGAAAUGGAUUGUGAAGCACUGACAGGAAAACAGAUUAACCAGUGCCGUAAUCAUAUGAAAUCCCAAAAUCUUGAUGAAAUGGAAAAAAUUUCUGUUGCCGGUGCUGGUCUUUUAAAAUUUGUAAGAGCCGUCAUAGGAUUCUAUGAGGUUUACAAAGAAGUAAAACCUAAAAAGGAACGAGUCGAUUUUUUGGUUCAAGAGCAGGAGCAACAAAUAAAAUUGUUAAAUCAUUUAAACAAUGAAAUUACAAAGCUAGAAGCACAACUAGAUUCACUAAACCACAGAUAUGCAGAAUCCAUGAAACAGAUGAAAGUGUUAACGGAAAUGAUGCAGCAAGCCGAACGAAGAUUGAUUGCAUCCGACAAAUUGAUAAGUGGUUUGAGCUCAGAACGGGUGCGUUGGAGCCUUGAUUUCGAUAAUUAUGGCCAUCAAUUGGUUGUAAUAGUGGGCCAAUGUCUUUUAUGUGCCUCAUUCUUAGCAUAUACGGGUGCGUUUUCAUGGGAAUAUCGUAAAACCAUGAUGUUUGAUGACUGGUUGGAGGACAUUAAAUACAAUAAAAUUCCCAUUCAGAUUCCUUUUCGUAUUGACGAAAAUCUUACAACUGACAUAGAGGUCUCUACAUGGUCAUCAGAGGGAUUACCUCCAGAUGAUCUUUCCGUUCAGAAUGGAGUAUUGACUGUUCGGUCAUCCAGAUUUCCCCUGUGUAUUGAUCCCCAAUUGCAAGCAUGGACAUGGAUAAAGAGAAAGGAACAAAAAAAUAAUUUAAAAAUCUUAUCAUUCAACGACAGCGACUUCCUUAAACAACUCGAAAUGUCCAUAAUGUAUGGUAUUCCAGUGUUAUUUGAAGAUGUGGACGACUAUAUUGACCCAGUUAUAGACAAUGUUUUGCAAAAGAAUAUACAGAUUGCCAGCGGAAGAAAAUUUUUAAUAUUGGGUGACAAAGAUGUCGAUUACGAUCCAAAUUUUAGACUUUAUUUGACAACAAAGUUUUCUAAUCCAAAAUUUGAUCCAGCAGUCUAUGCCAAGGCGAUGGUUAUAAAUUAUACUGUUACCCAAACUGGCCUGGAGGAUCAACUUCUUAGCGUUGUUGUAAGAGCCGAGAGACCUGACUUAGAAGCUCAAAGAGAAACAUUAAUAGCCCAAACAAGUGAAAAUAAGCAGUUGCUGCAACAAUUGGAAGAUUCUCUGCUCAGAGAAUUGGCAACAUCGACAGGCAACAUGUUGGAUAAUAUUGAAUUAAUAGAUACUCUUGAAAACACAAAAUCCAAAGCAGCAAUUGUAUUAGAACAAUUGAAGCUUUCAGCAGAAACACAAAGAGAUAUUGAAAAGCUACGAGAUGGUUACAGACCAGUUGCGAAAAGAGGUGCUGUCCUAUUUUUUGCGCUCUCUGACAUGUCCACUGUAAACUCAAUGUAUCAGUACGCAUUAGCUGCAUAUCUAGAUGUGUUUACGUUCUCGCUGCGAAAAUCUGUACCAGAUACGGUUCUCGCAAAACGUUUAAAUAAUAUCAUUAAAACUUUGACGGAGAACAUAUAUUGCUAUGGUUGUACCGGCAUAUUUGAAAAACAUAAACUAUUAUUUUCAUUUCAAAUUGCUACAAAACUUGCCUUGAGAGAUAGUAUCUUAAGUCAAGCGGAAUUAGACUUUUUUAUAAAAGGAUCGGUAUUAUUAACUAAAAGUGAUCGAACAUGUCCUGCAAAGUGGCUAUCAGAAAAAAAUUGGGAAGAUAUAUUAAGGUUAGCGGCAGACUUUCCAGAUCCGUUUGAAACUUUGCCCGAACAUGUCCUGAAAUUUACAAAAGAAUGGAAAGAGUGGUACGAUUUGGAAAAUCCUGAAGAAGUACCUUGUCCGGGCGAAUUCAACAUAAAUUGCAAACCAUUUCAGAAGUUAAUGAUUUUACGUUGUUUCCGUAUCGAUAGAAUUUUCCGUUCGAUAAAUCAGUAUAUUGUUGACACCAUGGAUGAGUUCUUUAUAACGCCACCCGUUGUAAGUUUUGCAGCCAUAUACGAGCAAACAACAUGCUUUAUUCCAGUAUGCUUCAUAUUAAGUACCGGUUCGGAUCCAACAAAUGAUUUGAUGAAAUUGGCUGAACAAUCUGGCGGUGGUUUGGGUAACUUUUGCCACAUAUCAUUGGGACAGGGACAGGAAAAAACCGCCAUGAAUUUAUUAGAUAAAUCUAUUCGACAAGGAAUGUGGCUAAUGUUACAAAACUGUCAUUUGUUAAUUAGUUUUGUACGGCAAUUAGAAAAAUAUUUGGAGAAAGUAGAUUCACCACAUCCCGACUUUCGGUUAUGGAUAACAACUGAUGCUAGUGACAGUUUUCCAAUUGGCAUAUUGCAAAAGUCUUUAAAAGUUGUAACAGAACCUCCAAAUGGUUUAAAAUUAAAUCUUCGUUCAACAUUCUUUAAACUUCGUCAAGAACGACUAGAAAGCUGUACACAUCGAGCAUUUUUGCCAUUAGUUUACGUCUUGGCCUUUUUCCAUGGUGUAGUUCAAGAAAGAAGAAAAUACGAUAAAUUGGGUUGGAACAUUUGUUACGAUUUUAAUGAAUCUGAUUUCAAUGUAUGCUUAGAAAUAUUGCAAACAUAUUUAAACCGAAUCAAUGACGAUAGCGUGCCGUGGAACAGUCUAAAAUACUUGAUUGGAGAGGUCAUGUAUGGCGGACGUGUUAUUGAUGAUUUCGAUCGACGCAUUACUCGAACUUACAUGAACGAGUACAUGGGAGAUUUCCUUUUCGAUUCGUUUCAACCAUUUUACUUCUAUAGGGAUGAACAUACUGAAUAUUGCCUUCCAAACGAAGACGUCAUAUUAAAGGAAGAUUUUAUAGCUCAUAUCGAUAAAUUACCCUUGGUAAACAAACCAGAUGUCUUUGGUUUACACCCAAACGCAGAAAUCGGAUAUUACACUCAAGCUACACGUAGUAUAUGGAAUUCUCUCAUUGAAUUACAACCUCAAACUGGUGAUAUCUCUGGAGGCAUAAGUCGUGACGAAUUUAUUGACAACGUUGCAUCAGAUAUAUUGGACAAAUUACCGACAGCGUUUGAAACAUGGCGUGUGAAAAAGCAAAUUCAAAUGAGUUUAACUCCAACUGGUGUCGUUCUUCUUCAAGAAUUAGAUCGUUUCAAUUUAUUGGUUUUGAGAAUUAAAAAAACUCUUGAAUUACUUAGAAAGGCGAUUGCAGGCGAGAUUGGUAUGGAUAAUAUUUUGGAUAAUAUUGCUAACUCAUUAUUCAAUGGUUUGCUACCAGCAGAUUGGCGUAAAUUAGCUCCGGACACUUGUAAACAGUUGGGCUCUUGGCUAGAACACUUACAGAAACGUGCAACACAAUUCAAGUAUUGGUCAAUGUCGGGCGAACCGUUGGUAAUGUGGCUCUCUGGUUUACACGUUCCACAAAGUUAUUUAACAGCUUUGAUACAAGUAGCCUGUCGCAAAAAUGGAUGGCCAUUGGACAAAUCCCAGAUGUAUACCUGCGUUACAAAUUUUAUCGAUCCUGACGAUAUUGAAGAAAGACCAACAACGGGCUGCUACAUAACUGGUCUUUACAUAGAAGGCGCUCGAUGGGACUUAGAGCAAAUGCAACUAGAUCGUUCGCAUCCUAAAAUUCUAGUUGAAGAAUUACCAAUAUUGUCUGUAGUUCCUAUAGAGGCUCAUAGACUUAAACUACAAAACACAUUCCGUGCCCCAGUUUACAUGACAUCUCAAAGACGUAAUGCCAUGGGAGUUGGCCUUGUAUUUGAAGCUGAUCUUGUGACUUCGAAGGACUUAAGCCAUUGGGUUCUACAAGGUGUUUGCUUGACGCUAAAUAAAGACUGAUUUUAUUAUUUUCUAAAUAAAAUAUUAUUCUAAUGCAAUUUAUAAACUAUGGCGACCAAUAAAUAAAGAACUUCUUUCAAUAUGUGUUUUUACAUAAAAGAAAUUAUUCAUUAUGUCUUGGAAUUAUUUCUUGCAUAUUUUAAAUGAAAAUAAAUUUAAUUCGAAGAAUUAAAAUAUAUGUUAUGAAUAUUUAAGCGAAUAAAUCUUUUUAUGAUACUUUUUA